GAAACUCUACAGUCAGAGAGAGCAGSUUUAUGAGACAAGACCAACAAAGAUUUAAAAAAAAGAAAUAUUUGUAGACUCAAAAAUGCUUGGAUUCUAUAAAACCCUGAGGUUUGGAGCAGCUUUGGCUGUGCUGGCUGUGGCGAGGUCAUCCCCCGUGGUGGGACCUGAGCCCAUCCGCUGUUCCCCCUGCACGCCGCAGAAGCUUAACGGCUGUCCGGAGGUGGCAUCGGACUGCAAGCAAGUGCUGAGGGAGCCUGGCUGUGGCUGCUGCAUGGCCUGCGCUCUCGAGAAAGGGGCCUCCUGUGGCGUUCACACGGCCCACUGCGGCGAGGGUCUCCACUGCAUUCCCAGGCCUGGUGAGGCCAGACCGUUGCACGCUCUGACCAGAGGACAGGGAAUCUGCUCUGAGGACUUGGGCCAAGAAGAGGUCGAAGAAGUCCCCGAUCAUGGCUCCCUGCACYACAUGUUGGGGCUUAAUCUUCCUUCUGAAGACCCGGCUGAGGGUCACGAGAGCAUCAAAGCCAAGGUCAACGCCAUCCGCAACAAACUAGUACAACAGGGUCCCUGUCACAUUGAGCUGCACGAAGCGCUGGACAAGAUAGCCAGCUCUCAGCAGCUACUAGGUGAUAAGUUCACAACCUUUUACCUCCCCAACUGCGACAAGCACGGCUACUACAAGGCCAAGCAGUGCGAGUCCUCUCUGGUUGGGCCCCCUGCUCGCUGCUGGUGUGUCUCAUCRUGGAAUGGAAAGAAGCUCUCAGGAUCCAGUGACCUUCUAGGCGAUGCAGAGUGCCAUCAAGAGGUCACUCACUGAGGGAUGGGCUCACKCAGAAACAUAAAAAGGGACAUAUUUCUGACAGAAACAAGCUUCUCUCACAUGUCGAAUGACCCUAAAACACGUCCUCCUUUAUUUACAUAUAUGUUUUAUCUUAUUUAUUUCCAUUUACCUUUCUUUUUUUAUGUUUGCCUCGUAUUUUUUCAUUGUAAAUAGUUUGUGUUUCUGACUUCAUACAUAACUCCAUUGCUUAAAACAACAGGUCUAUAAGUCUACAAAGCCAAAUCAAGAGGUUUUGGGAUCUUUAAGUUUUCAUUCAUACAUAAAACAUAUCAGAGCUAACCAAGCCAUUGUGUGGUACAGGAUGGACUUGACAGCAUUUGUCUACCUCUACUGGUCUACUGAUUAAUUAUCUUGUCAAACAACUAUUAUUUAUUUGUUUUUGCCUUUGACUGCUGCAUAGGUCCUGUUUGUGUGGACUGGAUUUUCUGUAAAUGCUAUUUAACACAACUGAUACAUGCAUUGAACCAAGUGAUGGUGUGUAUAUUUUAAUUUUCAAUGUUGAUAAAUAAAAAUUUGGUCAAACAAA